AAGUCAAACAGAAGUUAGAAGAGGACAGAGCUUUUCUGUUACAGGAGAAGAUGCCUCCAGUUACUGAAUUUGGAGUUGUCUGAAGAAGAGUUCUUAUUGUAUCUUAAUUAUGGAGGAGAAAGAAGAAAGAGUUCCCUAUGGCAUCCCAGAAAUCAGCGAGAGUUUGAUUCAAAUAAAGACCCACCAGAUCAGUCGCCAGAAAGCUCGGAUUGCAGAUCUGCAGCGUAAAGUGGAGAAGCUGGAGAUGGCCUUACGUCAAAUGGCUGCGAGAGAGGCUCGGAAAGCACAGCAUCAGACACAGACAGAAAACCAGGCAAGAGCAGCCGAGAUCAAGAAGCUGCAGCAACUACUAGAAAUUAAGGAUCGAGAGAUGAACCGAGUGAAGAAACUAGCCUGGAAUAUUGUAAAUGAGAGAACUGAGGUGGAAAGAUUCUUCCUAGAUGCUCUGGAACAUGUAAAGCAGGAGAUCAUAUCCAGUAGAAAGCACUAUAGGAAAAAGGCCCAAGCUGCCUAUUGCAGAAAAAUGAUGGAGGCGUGUGCAGGGAAGGAAGAAUUUCCCAAAAUCAAAACAUUCAACAGCAACAUAAAUAGCACAAACAGUGUGUACAGAGACCUAGAAGAAGAAGAGGAACACUACUGGGAAAAAAUCAAGUAUGAAAAAGUGGACAUCAGUGAAUUGACAUGGGAACAAAAAGAACAAGUCCUGCGAUUGCUUUUUGCCAGAAUGAAUGGCACAAAUCCAUGAAAAUACACCAGAGUUUUCACUACUUCAGCUCCAGCUCCUGACAGUACUACAGAAGAAAGCAAAAUUGGGUAAGAUCAUAAAUUGCACCACACUAUCCAACAUCUCCUUAGUCCUGGUUAUAUAUAAAUGGAUGCAAUUGUCACAGUCAUCCCACCCCCUUUCAAAGCCUUUGGUUGGGCUGAAGAUUAGUGGGUCUACACACAGUCUGUAUGCAAUAAACAUACAAAAAGAGAAAGGAA